UUUGCAGAUGGUAUUACACCCUGCACGUUAUAGCUAGGUACCUGCGAGGGCGAUUACAGAUUACCCUCCCCUCUCACACCCAAUCCAAUCCAUGGGGACGCAAAGUUGGAACUGGUUUAAAUAGUUCUUUUUCUAAGCAUCGUAUCAUUUUAACGAUUAAAAUCGUUUGACAAUGUCCCCUUUAAGCCACUAUUUCCUAAGAUGAGUGUACCUAGCUCUGAAAUAACGCGAAGAUAAUGCCAACCCUCCCCUACUCCACCGUACUACGGACGGACCGAAAUACUGACUACAUUCGUUACCAGUACAUUCGCAAACAAACGUUCACCGGUCACGGUUUAGCAUGAGGAUAUACCUUUUAAUACGUGAAUGAAUUUACCUCUGUUUGGGAAGUUUGGUCAAGCAGUCUCACCCUCAACACAGCAUGAAACGGGGAUGUGAGCUUGAACCGAAGUUAUACCAGUUCCGAAAUUGUCGUCUACUGCGAGAUGGCGAACUGAUAAAAGACGAUCUCUGGGUUAGAGCUGGAAAAAUUAUCAAUCCUCGAAAGGUAUUCUGGGAGGAGCAAGUACGAGCAGAUGUUCAGAUUGAUUGUAAUAAUUUGAUUAUAAGCCCAGGAUUCAUUGAUCUACAAAUAAAUGGUGGAUUUGGAGUUGACUUCUCUUCUGAUCCAGACAAGUUAGAGGAAGGCUUGAAGACUGUGGCUAAGGGUCUGUUACAGCAUGGCGUGACAUCUUAUUGCCCCACAAUUGUCACAUCGUCACAAGAAAGUUAUAGCGAGAUUUCAAAGAAGAUAAAGCGAACCCCUGGUGGAGUUGAUGGAGCAGAAAUAUUAGGUUCCCAUUUAGAAGGGCCAUUUAUCAAUCCUGCGAUGAAGGGAGCUCACAAAGAGCAUCUGAUGAGGCAGAUUAGCACCAAGGGAGCUCAAGAAAUAGAAGAGUUUUAUGGUUCAUUGGAUCAUGUCAGUAUCAUAACUCUUGCUCCAGAACUGGCUGGAGAAAAUAUGGAGGCAAUAAGACAGUUGGUGAAAAGAAACAUUGUGGUGUCAAUAGGUCAUUCAGCAGCAAAUCUUUCAAUUGCGGAGAAAGCAGCAGCUAAUGGCGCCACAUUCAUCACCCAUCUCUUCAAUGCCAUGUUGCCAUUCCAUCAUAGGGAUCCUGGAAUUGUAGGUCUUCUAACAGACAAUGAGACUCCUAAACCCAUCUUCUAUGGACUGAUUGCUGAUGGAAUUCACACUCAUCCAACAGCUACAAGAAUAGCACACAGAUCACAUCCUCGUGGUCUUGUUUUAGUAACAGAUGCUAUAGCUGCACUUGGUCUUCCACCAGGGUUACACAAGCUUGGUCCAAUGCAGGUUGAGAUUAAUCAUGAGAAGGCCACCUUAUUAGGAACAAACACUCUAGCUGGAAGUAUUGCUUCAAUGGAUGUCUGCAUCCAAAGAUUCAAGAAAAUGUCAGGCUGCACUACGGUAGAAGCACUAGAAGGAGCCACCUUACACCCAGCCCAGGUGUUGAGGAUUGAGCACAAAAAAGGCACCUUGAAUUACGAGUCUGAUGCAGAUUUGGUCUUUCUAGAUGAUGACCUCAAUGUGCAUGCUACAUGUAUUGCUGGAGAACCUGUGUGGUUGAAGAAAGGAGGUCUAGUGACUGGUGUGAUGCAGCUGAACUAUAGCAUGAUACCAAACAAAUCAACAAAACAUAUGAGAUAAAUAUCACAUUAUAUUCAAAUGUGAGGACCGUGGUGGUAAUUAUAGACCACAAUUAUAUUCUCAGUAUAGGAUGGAACUAGCUUGCAACUGGGGCUAAUGCAAGGAAUCUUUUCAAAUGCAAAUGACAUAUUGAUCCUUUUUUCAUCAUAUUCCCUCGCAUGAGCCUUCAUUACAAGCUAGUUCCAGUCCAAUACUGAAAAUAUGAUUAUGGCCAAUUGAAAUAUAAUUUAAUAUAAACCUCUAUGAAAGAUACCUGCUUCCACUCCCAAACAUAACAGACCAACUUUGGUGAUCCGCUAAUUGCAUGGACACCUUACAGCCCACUUAAUACACGUUUUGCUGUUCAUUUACAGAAAAUAUCCAUUCAUUUGUGUCCAAAUUUGUUUCAUUAUGGUCAAGAUACU